GGAAGUUAUUGAACAUCUAGAAGCUCCAGGACAAGAAGAAACUACCUCGACCACUUUUUAAAGCUUUGCAUCCAUGCAACCAUCUGUUCUUUCCCCAAAUGCUUCCUUCUACCUGGGCCCACAUGGGGAGCCCCCUCUGUCACGCACAGGCUUCAUCAUUCUCUCCAUCAUUAUGGCCAUUUUCACCGGUCCGGCCAUCAUAUUCAACGGUACAGUGAUCAUUGUGUCCCUAAUGCACAAGCAGCUGAGGCAGCCACUCAACUACGCUCUGGUGAACAUGGCUGUGGCUGACCUGGGCACAGCCAUGACUGGAGGGGUGCUGUCUGUGGUCAACAACGCCCAGGGGUACUUCUCCCUGGGAAGAACAGGCUGCGUGAUGGAGGGCUUUGCAGUGUCAUUGUUUGGCAUCACAUCUCUGUGCACUGUUGCUCUGAUCGCAGUGGAGAGGAUGUUUGUUGUAUGUAAACCACUGGGGCAGAUAACUUUCCAGAAAAAGCAUGCAGUUGGAGGUAUUGCCUUAUCCUGGUUGUGGUCCCUCACAUGGAACUUACCCCCGCUGUUUGGCUGGGGCAGGUAUGAGCUGGAGGGUGUCGGGACUUCCUGUGCACCAGACUGGCACAGCAGGGACCCUCAUAACGUCUCCUACAUCCUGGCUUACUUUGCAGUGUGCUUUGCUGUACCUUUUGCCAUUAUAUUGGCAUCCUACACGAAGCUAAUGUGGACAUUACACCGGGUAUCAAAGAUGGCCUGUGUGGAAGGUGGUGCAGUAGCUAAAGGAGAAAUGAAGGUGGCGUCCAUGGUGGUCCUGAUGGUCGUGACGUUUCUGAUCAGUUGGAUGCCAUAUGCCAGCCUGGCCAUGCUGGUGGUCUAUAACCCUGAUGUGGAGAUUAACCCACUAGUGGGCACAGUGCCAGUUUACCUGGCCAAGAGCAGCACUGUGUACAAUCCUAUUAUCUACAUCUACCUUAACAAACAGUUUCGUAAAUAUGCAGUGCCCUUCCUGCUGUGUGGGAGAGAGCCCUUGCUGGAGGAUGAGGAUGAGACGACAACGACUGUGGAGAUUUCAACCAACAAAGUGUCGCCCGCCUGAAAUGUACACACACCUACAUGCAUCCAUUAAAAAGCUUUUGGCGUGAAAUGUGUAUAAUUCAGUUUACACAUACUUUUUGUCACCAGUCAUUAGUUAACUAUGACUACAGUGUUUCAAUAUUUCUGUUUUUUUAAACUGUCACUGUAUCACUGUAAUCACUGUAUUAUGAUUUUAUAGUAGAUAGGAAGAGUUCUUUAAUGUCAUGGGUAUAGAGUUUGUGGUGGUGAAAACAGAAUAGAAAUAAAUGAGAAAAGUAAUUCA